AAGAGGACUGGAAAAGAAAACGAAAGCGCCGGUCUGUUACAACAGCUGUUAAGUACAAACUUCCGUGAACGUAAGACUUUCGUCGUAAGUACACUGCCGUCAGUGCGUGCAUGCUCUCAGGGAAGUUUUGAGAGGUUUCCUGAAGCCAGUGGUUGUUUCACAUGAUGGACGGCGACUCACCUUUAAUAAGUUGUAGUGAUGAAUAUCGAUUGAUUAAAACAUACUGCCAAAAGAGGAAGAAGUCAAACACAAGUCUGAUGCAAAGUGCCUGUAUGUACAGACUGGAGGCUCAAAUAGGUUAUGAUCAGUUUGAUAACGUGGCUGAAAAACUGUCCCAGAUUGCUGACAGCGGACUUAUUUUUGAUGAAGGACUAGAGCCAGACAGUCCUGUUGCGAGGGAGGCUAAUUCAGAUGUCAUAGUGAAGCUUGUUGACUUGCUGAAGAAAUCGGGAGACGAAUUAAAUGAAACGAUUUGCAGCAACCAAGAGCUUUUAGGAUACUUGAAGAAAACCUUCUCUUACGACCUGUUUAAAAAACUGACUCAAACCUUCAUCACGAGUAGUGUACCAGAAUUUCUGCAGGCCAGGAAGAAACGUGAGCAGAUUGCCCUGACCUUUGAGGUCACCAGCAGACUCAAAGCCCUGGACCUACACCCCAUGAACAUUGUCAUGGGAUACGGAGCUCAGUACCUGCAGGAGAACUUCACUCCCUGGGUUAAACAGCACGGUGGUUGGGAGAAAGCCUUUGAUGACGAUGAUGAAGAGGUACAUUGACAAGAUGCUGUGAAAUGAAUGACUGUUAGUAAUCAAAGUGAUAUUAAUGAAAUAUUGAUAUCUGCAAUAGAUAUAUAAAAUCUUUUUUUUUUGUCUAAAUCUAUAAAUAAAUUUUUCUUG